UGCAUAUGAGGUUGGUGUUGCUGUCUUAAGGUGUUGCAUGCUCUUGGGUUUGGUGAGUGCUCGUACCCGAACGUUACAAAAAAUGUCUUUCCGUUGAAGAAGACAGGGGUUAAAAUGAAUGAAGAUCUGAAGGUUAAUUUGAGCUGGCUGCCUCAGGACCGUGUAGAAGCCAGCUCCACAGAGAAUGUCUCAGCCGCAGGCUCCUCCCUGGUUCCUGUCGUAGACCCAGAGCCAGAGCUCUUGGUCAACCCCUGGGACAUUGUUCUGUGCACUUCAGGAACCCUUAUCUCCUGCGAAAAUGCCGUUGUGGUUCUUAUCAUUUUCCAUAAUCCCAGUCUGCGUGCCCCCAUGUUCCUCCUCAUAGGCAGCCUGGCACUUGCAGAUCUCUUAGCGGGAAUCGGAUUGAUCAUCAAUUUUGUUUUUGCGUACCUUCUGCAGUCAGAAGCGACCAAGCUGGUUACGAUUGGACUGAUCGUUGCCUCUUUCUCUGCGUCUGUCGGCAGCUUGCUGGCUAUUACUGUUGAUCGUUACCUCUCGCUGUAUUAUGCUUUGACUUAUAAUUCGGAAAGGACUGUCACUUUUACCUAUGUCAUGCUUAUACUGCUCUGGGGAGCGUCUAUCUGUAUUGGACUGCUGCCUGUAAUGGGCUGGAACUGCCUCAGAGAUGAAUCCACCUGCAGUGUUAUCAGACCGCUCACUAAAAAUAAUGCGGCUGUCCUUUCAGUCUCUUUCCUGCUUAUGUUUGCCCUCAUGCUGCAGCUCUACAUUCAAAUCUGUAAAAUCGUGAUGCGCCAUGCCCAUCAGAUUGCCUUGCAACACCAUUUCCUGGCCACUUCCCACUAUGUGACCACCCGAAAAGGAGUGUCUACUUUGGCCAUUAUUUUGGGGACUUUUGCUGCUUGCUGGAUGCCUUUUACACUCUAUUCUUUAAUAGCAGAUUACACCUAUCCUUCUAUAUAUACCUAUGCCACCCUCCUGCCAGCUACCUACAAUUCCAUCAUCAAUCCUGUAAUAUAUGCUUUUAGGAACCAGGAGAUACAAAAAGCACUUUGGCUCAUCUGUUGUGGCUGUGUACCUUCUAACCUGUCUCAGAGAGCAAGAUCACCCAGUGAUGUCUGAUUGACAGCUAGGAGGACGCUCGUUAACACAUUAUUUUCCAGACAUUCUUGCAGCACUGUUUUUGGUUUAGAUGCUUUCAUUAAAUGGUGUGUGUUGGGUUCAUAUAAAAAAACACAGGAUGCACUGACCUUUUUGUAAACAGAAAAAACCCCAGUGACCAAAAUGAAUCAAGUGGUUUAAGGGAGAUUUCCAAAAUCAAAAUAAUCAGUGUUCAUACAGAUUUCUAAUGUUGCUCAGGGUCUUUUGUUGUAAUAUAAGUAUAUAACCCAGACUCUGCCAUGUUUGCCAUGAUUUUACAUUAAUUUUGCUAAUUAACAUUAGAUUGAAACAACAUGCCUACUUUGAAAUUGUUUGUGAUUGCGUUCAGUCACGAUGCAUGUUUUAUUUUGUUGUCGGGAUUUUCUUUCCCUCUUUAAUUCUUAUUAAAACAGUAAAAAAAAAUAAAGUCCUGUUACCACAAACUCCUUUGUAUAUCAUCAGAAUACUCUUCAAAAUAAUGGCCAAUCAUACUGAUUUAUAUGAUGUUUAUUGUAAUAAUCUCAGUGCAACAAAUAUGCUCUAAGUGAGGAAGCACCUGCAUAGCUUUUUGUUUUAGGUCUCGGCAUGAAUUAGCUCGAUCAUUAUUUUAAAGUGUUACCUGUUCUCUCUUGAGUUCUGGCUGGAUGUUAAAACAGAAGAUAAGCUUUGUCUUCCUUUUCAAAAAUCAGGCAUAUGUUUUCGUCUAGCUAUGGGACAUCAGAGCUCAUGAUGCUAUUAAUUUUAAAAACAAUUCCCCACUGAAGUUGAUGGGGAGUUUUGAAAUUGAUGAAACAAUAUGGCCUCUUUUGGCUAUGCGUUUGUAAUAGAUGCAGCACUUCUAAGUUUCUCGGACAAGUUAAUCUUUUCAGAAAUGUACAGGGGAAUAUCUAAUGAAAUAACCUACAAAUAACUUACAACACAUAUUUAGCAUCUGCUCUAAAUGGUUCCCCUUAAGUUUGCUCUCAAGUCACAAUUAUUACUGCUUGUUUCUGUUUUUCGGCUAUAAUUUAACAUUCUGAAAUUUUAUAAAUUCUCAGAGCAUAUCUGGUUCAUAAUCGUAUGCCACCAAAAUUGCAACAUGAAACAAUUAUUUUCUCCUUUUCUGGCAGUUUCAUCCUUUGCAGAUCAUGAUUCUUCACACUGUAUGCAUAUCAUUUCACUUCAUUAUAGGAUGAUAGUUCUGGUCUAAAAGGCAGAGCUUCCUCUCAUGAAUUGUUACAUUUAAAACUGGUUAUAACCUUUUACUGAAGCCACAUUAGAAUGCAAUAGAAGUAAAACAUUGUUUUCAGUAAGAAUACUUGAUUGUCAGAGAGAGAAUCUUUCUGGAAGAUUUCUUCAUAAAAGUUAAGGUAUAUCGUAAUGUCAAUGCCUGAGAGUUUAUAUUACCACUAUUAGUGUUAAUGGGAGCAGCAUGUGUUAAUGCCUUGGCAUCAGUAUGAGGUUAUAUUCCCUUGAAUGUCAAAGUCAGUAUACUGUAUUGUUGCUUCAGUAUCUUCCAUUACAGUUCCAAAAAAAAAAAAAAAGUCACAAGUGUAAAAAUAGCAAUAUUUAAAGUUCAAUGAAAAAAUUUGCCUGUAUUAUAGAUAGUAGAGACAACCGUGUUGCUGAUAUGGAUUUUUUCAAAUGGAAUCUUUCCUUUUUCACAUGGAUGUUUGGAUGACUGUAGCUUUUUGUGGCAGAGUUUCUGUGAUGUUAAGAGUCAUAUGGUAUACACAAAGCUGAAUCUCAAAUGUGGAUGAGUUUUCUGUAAGCAAAGCUCUGUAGAGAUUUUAUCAGCAAUAAUUAAUUUUAGUUGCAAUGCUGGGUUCAAAUUCCAUUGUUCACUUGGUUCAACCUUCAUGAUAUUUGGCUUUUACUUUAUAAUCUAAUUAGUUUUAAAAAUGCAUGGCAUUACCCAGUAGAGCUGUGAACUUACAGCUCCCUUGGCUUAACCGCAAUUUACAGAUGCUCAGCACAGUUAGACUAUGGCCCCUACUCUGUAGGAUACUGGUAUUCUUCAUCUACUUCUGAACGCUAAUGAGAAUCUAGUCAUUACCAUGCUCCUGUUUUGUUAUGAAUUUUUGUAUAAGAAAUAAUCACUUCAUAAAUAUCCAUGCUAUGUAUGCAUGCAAUUUUGCAAGUAUGCAAAAAAUGGAAAUAAAUGGUAGAAAUCAUGAACUGAAUAAUGUAGAGAGGCUGUGAAUGGCACCUUUUAAAAGAGCAAAGAAGGUAUGUUAAAAUCAUACAAUGUGUAUCCCUCUCUCGCUUCUCUGUGCGAUUGUUCUUCUGUAUCGAAUUGCUAAAAACUGUGAUGAGAAUGAACUGCUAUAACUGUGACCAUAAUUCAGUCGUGAGGGUGACUGUUUUGCUGCUUGUGCAGACCUGUUCUCUUCCUGUUGGUCACCUCACAAGUGCUAAUGUUUUUCUCUCCACAACACCUGGGUGGUAGGGAAGCCAGAAGAAAAAUAGCACAGAGGGAGGUGAUGUUGUCCGCUCUUUUCAUGCUGGUUCACCUAGUGUCCUUGUCAUCUUCCUCGCUCCACAGGCUGCCUAAAUCUGCAGAGGCUCUCCGGAGUGCCGGGGGAGCCGACCUUUUCCUUGUGCCAGAGUGGAGAGAUUUGUAAUUGGAAGCUUCUCUCCUGAGGAGAAGUCUGAAUCAAAUGGAGGAAAGAAGGAUUAAUUAUAGAAGUCACACAAAGCUAGAUUGUAGGGAUAUGAUUUGCCCUCAUUUGAGGGGUAAUGCAUGGUUACCUUUCACAACAAACAGAUGAGAAACACAGUUUUGCUGCUAGAGCUACUACUGUGACCUCUAGUGAGGAUGUUGUCUAAGAAAUGUUCUUAGAUUGAGACUGUGCAGCAAAGACCAGAAAGUCCUUCUGGAAGUCAGUGACAUGGGUUUCUCUACAGCUGCCAGACAGACCAUUAAAAUCAUUUAUGAUUUACAGUAUUGGAGAGACGCUAUGUAACACACCUGUGAGCAAACUCUUGUCCUCUGAGGGAGGAGGGGCAGAGCUGUGGGUGCAAAGCUGCCUACCUCCCUUCUACAAGAAGGCAAACACUUCUCAGACCCUGCAGAAUUCAACAGUUCUCUGCUCUCCGCUUGAAGUAUGUGGGCAGUUGCAUUGUAGGCCCCCGUCCCCUAUGGGAAGGUGCCAGUAUCCUUUCAACAUCCCUCUGAAACUGAUGGAACUCCAGCCAGCUUGUAGGGUUGCAUCAUUUUAUAGUCACGUUAAACAACACCUGUGCAUAAGCUCAGAGGUGUUAAAUUGACUCUUUAAAGUAUAGUGAAGUACCUUGCCUGUCUCCAGCAUAAUGACAGAAAUGUGCGGGAGGGGGGUUUUAAUGCAUAAUUUAGUGUAAGGAAUUUUGAGUUUAUUUUUCAUGCUUGACCUGUCGUGAGUAACAGGUUGUAUCUUGAUAGGCAAAAUUUACUGUAGAUAGUUUUUUCAUAUACUCAACCUCAAAGCUUGUGUGAGGGGUUUUGGUGUUUGGUUGGUUGGUUUUGGUUUUUUUUACCAUUCCUCCUAACAGUAAGAAUUUCAGCAAUAAGGGAAAAGUGCUUGUAUCAUAACAGCAAUAAAAUCCUCCAUGUUGCAGGUACUAUAAACUGCUGAGUAAACUCAGAGCAAUAGAGAGGAAGCAAUAUAUUCUUUAGACAAAAAGUAGUAACUUGCAUGAGGACUUUAAGUAAGCAGAAGUCUUCCUUUGUUAAGCAGUUGCUAUUGGACUGAUGUGAGACAUUUUCUGGUUGGUUUGUGUUACAAUCAUUUGAGUUACUGAAUAGAAUUACUCAGCAAUAACCAUUUACCUUAGUUUUUGGAUCCUGAAUGCUAUUUGUGAGAAAAUUAUGUACUGCAGUAGGGUUUUUUUUUUACUCUUUUCAUUGUUUGGCAUUUAGUUGUACAGCAAUGCUUGGAUAAAUUCAUUGUGUUCAUGAUUUCUGGUUGUAACUUAAUACUGAGAAUACCCUUCACCCCCCCCAAAAAAAAAAAGAGAGAGAAUCCUCAAAUUUAUGAUGUCAGUCAAGCUGGAUAUAAUAGAUGGGGUUAACCAGUUCCAAAGGUAAUUCGGUACAAAAGAUGGUGAUUGUGGCAUCAUUGAAGAAACCACCUGCCAAUACCUAGGAUAUUUGGAAGCAAGCUGAAAGGUCUGUUACAGCUGCUGUUCGUUCCCACUACGGAUGCUCAGUGACAUAAGCAGCUGCAUCCAUCCUUCACAUUCAGGGGCCACCCUCGAAGGAUCUUGGAGCCACUGAAGUCACUCCAGGGACAGCAGUGAACUUUGGUUUGGGCGAGCAGCCAUUUCAUCUGCCAAAAGUUGUAUUUCUGUUGCCUCCUUUUUUCCAGAGUUAUUUAGCUGUUAUGGAUUCAUUUAGCUGAAAUGGAUUCAUUUCUCAAAGGAGAAAUUCAUUUCUCAUAGGACACCUGUGGAUUCAUUUCUCACCUGCAGUGUCAGUGGAAAUUGGGAUAAACUAGCAUCACUAAUAAUCAGGCCACUGAAACAUAAUAGCGUAUUUAUGAUUUUAAAAAUGGAGGUUCUGUAACAUUAAGACUCAUAUUUUCAAAGUGUUGGCCUUGACCUUUCAUGCAGAGAAAAUAUUUGACCUGUUUUUGUAUGUACAGUGAACAAAGACAAAUAGAGUUGGGCAGAAUGGUCACUGUUUAAAAAACACUAGCUGGUCUAUUGUUUUAUUUCAGAUACUGAAUAGUUCCCUGUCCUUGAAGUAGAAACUAACUCUGGCAGUAUCUACAAGAUCCUGAAUGCGCACAAGUUAAUGUAGAAGCAUGGUAGCAGAGGUAGAAGACUAAGCAUGGUUGGCAAUGCAACGCAGUUUGAAAGCACAGCUCGGUCUUGAGUGGGAAUAGGAAUGGUAUACCUAGACACAAACUGUAGACAGAUCAAGACCUAGGUGUACAGAAUAGCAUCAGAAAUGGGUGAACAGCACCUCGUUAAGUCUUACUACUGCAAGAAAACAGUAUCUGGUGGAAUCUCACUGGGUAUAGAUCCUAUAUCGUAAGAACUGUGAGCAUAUUAUAAAGUGUUACUGGCCAUCUCUUCAGGAAAAGGUAUCAGUGUACUUUGGAGGAGAUCAAGAGUCCAGCUAGACCUAGGAAAGGAGUGAUUAAAGGGGGAUGUUAAGUGCCCGCAUGCAAACUGAUCACAUCUCUUGGAAAAGGUCUGAGAAUCAUUUUGAUGCCUUGGCUGCCUUCUGGGGCAUCUGAUUUGAGAGCAAGAGGUUUCUCCCUCAAGAAAUUCAGGAAGUACCUGUGGCUGAUACAUUACAUGCAUUGAAGACAAUAAAUAAUCUACAUCUCUUCACAUAUUUAUCAAAAGGAACAAAUAACUCUUUGCAGUCAGAAAUGUUGUUUGCAAAUAGGCAGCGUCUUUUCAAUAGGGCAAUACCACAGGAAACGACUUUAGGAAAACAGUUUGAUAACCUCAGCGAUAAAUUUGGAAAAACAAGGUUUUCAGACACAAUGUAUUGCAUGUUAUAAGAUUAAGUCCUAAUACAAGAGAUCAUUGCACGGUAGCAAGAAGUCCUGUAACGAGAAUGGCGUUAGGCAACAGGGCUACUCAAAAGCAUGUGAAAUUCAAUGUUUAAAAAUAGGUUACUGCAGAUAAUGGUGCAUUACUAUAGUUGGGAAGGAUAAUUGUAAAUAAUAUUUGAAUUUCAUGUAUUUUUGAAUGCCGUUUCGAAAGCAAUGGUUUACCAUUUCUGAACUACUACCGCUAAGCCAAACUAAACGUGGCAUUGAAAGGGAUGUGCAGUGAAAAUAGAUAAGACCUCUCAAUCUCUGCUUAUAAAGAGGAGACUAGAAGGAAGAGAUGUGCUUUAUAUAUAAUAAAUAACAAAUAGUAUAGGGAAGAUAAAUCAAGCAUAUUUAUCUACCCCUGCCUCUCAGUACAAGAAUAAUGGGACUUCCAAAAAAGUUGAAAGGCAGUGUGCUUGGAUAUACUUUUUUCGUACAAAGGGAGAUUGCCCCAUACAACUGGCUGCUACUGGUUUAUUGAAACCAAGAAUUUGCGGGUCCUUUUAGUGGAUCAGAAAUCUGAAUGAACAGUGAGGAUAUCUGUUUUACCAUUAGGUGGAUGAUGAAAGAUGAGGGGAUGCAACUCUUCAUGGUUUGGGGGAUCAGUGCAUGAUGCUUGAGCUUGGAUAGGAGGGGUGUUUGAAUAAAAGCAUCCUCUGUGAUGCUUUUAUUCUGAGCUGUCCGUUUUGAAGGCUCGUGAGCCUUCCCUGAUGCACAUGGGGCAUCCGAGCGGAUGCCGUGGGACUGUGGGCAUUCAUGGGCUCAGUGGAGCAGUCCUCGGUCCUGGAGCCUGGCAGUGUUGCUGUUACUGUGGAGUGGUGUCCAGUGAGCAGAAAGGAGGAGCUGUGCAAUAACGAAUAGGCUUGGAAGUCAGGUGUUCCUCCCAUGAAAAUAUGACCACAUAGGUUUUAUUCAGAUCAUUACUUGUCUCAGUAGCACAGUCUUACAUAGCUCCAGUUGAAAUAACACGGGGCUUUUUGUGAAUAAAGACUGAAACUAUGAAAGUAGAGCCAUCAGCAGUUUAUUUUACCUAAGUUAUAUAUUCCUAUUUCUUCUGAGGAGCAACUGGACCCUUAACUUUACAGAAACUGUUUCUUCGAAACCAAGAUGCCAUUGCACUAAAAGUGUCUGUACUGAAGUUUACUUAACAAAUUUUUUGUAGAUCUUCUAAAAACAAUCAAACUGCUAUCAAUUGCCUUUUGAGGAAAUUGUCCUCACCUCCCCAAACCUGUUGUUUUGUACUCUACAAAUUCCACGGUGAUUUUUACAAAUUCUUACUGACACAUGGAAUACUUAACUGGACAAGAUAGUAGCAGGACUUUCCAUUAAUUAAUUUUAAAGUUUCUUUUCAAGGCAACUCAGGUGGAGGGGACUUUUGUGUCCCAGAACUAGUUAAGCUGUUUAUACUAUUUCUAUAUAAAGAUACUAUUUCUAUACAAAAUAAACCUGAUACUAUUUCUAUACAAAAUAAACCUUUCUAAAAAGCACAGAGUUCUUAGGGACAGCUGCACAUUUAAGGGCUUCAUCAAAUUACUAGCGUAGAAGUAAUUCUGAUGAUGACCACAAGAUUACUUUUUUUUUUCUUCAGUAAGUAAAUCUGGCACAGUCCUCUAUGUUUAGAGAACCUGCCUUUCAGCAGUAGUAGUCUCUCUCAUAAGUACAGUGUUGCAUUCUUAUAUACUUGUAUUUUAAUAGAUUCUAUUCAGUAGACAAAAAAGAGGAAAAAAAGAAAAAUGCUCUAAAAUGAUUUCUUAGCUUUCUGCAAGCUCCCCAGAUUUUUAACUAGGACCAUUUAGAUAACCUUUGGUAACCUUAUGUUUUUAUAGUUUGCUACAGCCCGUUCAAAAAGAUGUACAGCUUUUUUUUUUUCAUUUAACUUCUUUGAUGAGCAUUUGCUCUGCACUGAACAUUUAUCUCAUUUAUUUGCAGGAAAAAAAAGCAGGUGAAUUGCUGCUGGUAGACUGGUGAUAUCUUUUUAUCCUCUAAUCAUUUAGUCCCAGCCGUGUGAUAUACUGUCAUAUUUAGGUACAAACCUAGUUUUGCUUUCUCAAAGAGAAGAAAAGCUAGUACUAACUGCAAAUGCUGAAGACUCCAUCCUGCAGUGAUGGAGGAGCCUUACACUUUUGAGGAAUAGAUUGCAACAAAUAAGAUUUAAAGUAAUACAUACAAACUGUUGUCAUAAGCAGACUAGUUCUUAAAAGGUAAUAGAUUUGUUAGAGAACUUAGGUAAUAGUUAUGUUACAUGCUGAGUGGAGAGAGAAGCAGUGUCUUAGAACUGUUUAGUAUCCCAUCAAUUUAAGUAUAAUGAGAUACCAUAAUUAAAUAUCAUACAUAAUUAUGAUUAUUUAAUAUACAUGGUAAAUAUGAUGUGUUAAAUAUCAUACUCUGUGCAUACAGUGUUGUAGUGGUCAGAGUGUAGCGACUUUGCUGAGGCAGAGUAAGAGGAAGAUGAAUUUUCAUAUCUCUAAUUUGGGCAAAUCCCACUGCCAGCUUUGGAAUUACAGGAGCAUCUUAUAUGGCCUCAUCUCAGAAUACAAAAAGGAUGUGUAUCACUAACCUGAGCCUAUAUAAUAAUUAUAUAUUCCUAGGUACACUGUUCUCUUUUCUCUCCUCUCAGGUGCUUUCAUAACAGGACUCUACAGGUCAUGGAUCUAAACAGGAGUCCACGUAAUCCUAUGAGGCAGGUGCACGUUUUGCACUGGCUGAUGCUAAUCUGGAGGAUAUUGCAGUAUCUAAGAAUUCCUGUACAUUUAUUUUUAAAAGGCAUGCCAAAUAUACAUUUGCUUCAAGAGGACACUCUAGGGAAAGGGAGAGGACCUGUAAGAUUUGGGGCCAAAGUAUACAGAUUUUAAUGCAUGGAUUUACGCUAGUCCCCACAGAAGUUUUUUCUUAGAAGUUCAACAUUUGCUAAGACCAAACCUGACAGAACAAUAGGCAAUUCAGCUUCUGCUGCUUUCAGGGAAAAGAUAUUUUUCAGCAUGUAAAUGGAUGCAACGUGACCUGGCCCUCUUAAAAUGGAGAUACUUGUGCCCUGAAAGGGAUGUUCUGUUGCAUCCCCAGGGGGGUCAGGGAGUCAGUGUGCUCCAUCCAUGGGUUUUUAUGCUGCUCCUUGGUUCCCUUCUGACACCUUAACUUACUCCCUUGAUAUUUGAGCAACCCUCAGUCCACCCCUUGCCAGGGUCUGACAAGAAAACGUCUGCACUGAGGUAAGGAGCAGCAUGGAGGUCGGGCUUUUCUAUGAGUAUUAAUCACAGCAGAGAUCUUUCUGCAAACUAGAUAGAAAACAGCAAGCCUGCUUCCGUCAUGUUUCAAAUUAAUUUCUAUUCCUUUGUUUUGCAAUUCCCUGCUGAUGUUAGCAGAGGCUGCCUUUAGGCUGGGCAGAGGAGAGUAAAACUCAGUGCUGGGAGUUAGCACAUUCAAGUAUGCAGCUUUUUACCCAGCUGCUGUCCCAGAGCACAGUGGCUGAACAUACAGUAGUCUACUUCUGAACUCAGCUUGGUCCCACAGGUUAAAAUGUAUAGGAGGGAUGUGGUUUUCCAGAAUCUGGAAACAAUGCAAGUGAUUUGUGCCAAAAGUAUGGAAUGGAUAUUGCAGCUGAAGAGGCAGGUAAUCUGCAUAGAUUACGUAUACAUCAAAAUAUUCAGGCAAUCUCUAGCCCUGCUUGCCUAUGCUCGGAUAUGUUUUGGGCUGAAGCUGAUAGCAGCCCCAUGUACGUGCCGAAGAGGAGAAUAUGGGCUCUUCUGUUGGGCCUCACAGUGGGCCUCAGAGCCUGCUGAAAGGAAUGGACUUUCUUCUUGUUGUUGUUUCUAGAAGUAGCUGCAUUAGACCUCUAUCCAUUUUGUAUGCCUGCAUCUCUUUAAGUAAUUGGGGCCUAAAAUUUACAGUAGUAUUGUCCUUUGUUUGGUCUCAGCUUUAUUGUCACAGCCAAAACCUACAAAAGUUGACUGUAAACAUGCUUAUAAAUGAAAGGAAAUUUUGUAGAAUAGAAAUGUUGUAAUUGUGCCUCUGAAAUACAGCUAUAAAAUUAUGUAUUUAGCUCCAGACCAUGAAAUUAGAAUACCCUGGACUAGUAGUACAAUUCAUAAUUUUCUAGACUUACUAACUGGACCCUUACUUUCUUUUUCUUACCAAAUACAGUUAGGUAUAACCUAUAAUUUAUCAUACUCGUCAGCUCAAGAAGUUCUCAGAGAGAACUUUUCCCAGGAACCAUCAUACAAUGUAAACUCCUGAUACUACUGCCUGCUGUGUGGUCCCAUCCUGAAUUCCAAAAUGUUUUGCAAAAAGCAGCUGCAUGGGGAUAGUUUUUGCAUUACAGAUCUCAUUAGGAGCCAGACAGCUUUAAACCACUGAGUUGAAUUCUGCAUCUAGUGCUUUUCAUAUGAGAACCAGUUACUGGUUUAGUAGAUAAAGGCUUGUGGUUAUUUCUUAUACUCACUAUUUAGGUCUUUUUCACUUAACUGUGGGUGGAGUUUGAACCGUAGCUUACAAGUAUGUAAAGUAAUUUUAAAAGGAAGCGCAUUAUCUUUGCCUCAAUUUCCCUUAAGAUUAAAGCUUUGGAUUGCAACUACAGAGCUUCUUGUUGUAUACAAGACAGUCAUUUAAUGCACUUUAUUUAAAAAAGGCACAAAUUAUUUUGUUUAUAAAAUGUUACAAUUGCACUAUGCUGUAAGAAUCGGUUACUAAAUAUAAACUGUACAGUUUUGUAGUCAACAUUGUGUUUAGUCAUAAAUGAUUGAAACAAUUACAUGUUUCAGUUAAAUGUUAAUUUUAUA